AUGAUUAACUUGGCCAACGAACGCUUUGAGCAACUUAAGCAAAACUUGCGGAAGUUGAACUCAAAAAAACACAAGAAGCGUGUAGGAGAGACGCGUAUGCAUCUUACUCAAUAUCUUGCCCACGUGCUUCCCCUCGCUAGUCAACGUCUCAUUUUGGCACCAAUUUAUCGCGCAUGUGUGGCGUAUCAGGGUGGAAACCAGUCCUUCUAUAGGAGCUUACAGCUUUUAAAUGCCACUCCAUUCAGUAUACUAGGCGGGCUCUACGAUUCUAUCGGUUUUCGGAGAUUAUGGAGCCUUGCUCGCAUCCAUAUAUUUUCUGGAGCGGUUUUCCCAGCAGUAUUGAUUGGCACGAGGAGCGUCUCGGGCCAAGGUGUAUAUCCACGUGCUAACGAUUCUUUGGGAAGCGGCUACAUGGGCACAGUUAUGUUGUGUAACUUCGCCCACCUCUUCAGUUAUCCAUUCGACGUUGCCUACGGGAGAUUUGUCUCGACGCUGGGUCGUGAUGUUUCAUUACGAAGGUACUUUAAUGAGGUAUACACAGAACAUGGUUUUGGCCGCCUCUACAGUGGUUACUCUCUAUGCGUUGCGUCUACAGCGCUCCAUCUCUUGGUAGCCUUAUCGCUGAAUGACCACCUUCAGGGGAAGUUGAAGGAGAGGUUGAGUUAUCAGAUUGAGAGGAAUCCAGUGUUGAACUCAACUAUUCGUCCGCUUGAGCCGUCGGAACUCAAACCUAUCGAGAUGUUCCCUUGGAACAUCAUUUUCGGUUCAUUUUCGGCAUUUAUAGCACGUACGGUUACGUACCCUUUGGACACAAUGAGGAUUCGUUACCAACAAGAAACAUGGCAUCAUAAGGGACGUACAUCAUUCAAUAAUCUCGCAUCAUCUAUACGUGCGUCUUUUAGAGCGGGGAUAUCUAAGCUCUAUGCAGGGUACCCUGUGAGUGCACUAUGGAAUAAUCCGAAACAGUUGUUAAGCUUCUCGUUAAGAGCAUCGCAAUAA